AUGUCUAAAGUUUUUAUUACAGGAGCUACAGGUUACAUUGGAGGCGAAGUUUUAUAUCAAUUGUUGGAUCAACACACCGACCUCGAAAUAUAUGCUGUAGUCAGAUCCCAAGCAAAAGCUGAUGAUUUGGUCAAGAAAACAGGCAACAAGGUUACUCCAGUUAUCGGAGACUUGGACAACCUUGAGUUCUUAUCCAAAUAUGUGGGCGAAUGUGAUGUUAUCAUAAACACAGCUAAUGUGGAUCAUGUUCCAUCAGCUCAAGCGAUUUCAGAUGUAUUAGUUGCACUGAAAACUCCUAAAAUCUUAAUCCACACUUCAGGAACUUCCGUUAUAGGAGAUGAAAUAGCUGAAAACAAACCAACUCCUAAGGUUUAUUACGAUGACAAGUCAAUUGACGAUAUCAAUAGUUUGCCAAUGGAUCAAGCUCAUAGACCUGUUGAUAAAAUUGUUUUAGAUAUCAAUGAAAAGAAUCCAUUGAUUAAGACUGCGAUUGUUUGUCCAUCUACCAUUUUUGGAGUUAGUAAAGGCUAUGGUAGAACCAUAUCUAUUCAAAUCCCUUACAUGAUGACUUUAGCUAUACAAAAUAAACAAACAUCCACUGUUUACCAUGGGAAUUAUAUUUGGAGUCAUGUUCAUAUCUCAGACUUGGGAGAAUUGUACCUCUUCAUCUUGAAGAAGUUCUUGGAUGGUGAAGAUAUUCCCCAAGGUAGCAAAGGAUACUAUUUCGGGGCUUAUGUUGAAGAAAAUGAGGUGGUUAAAGAUGACAAGCCAUCAUCGAUCGAACAUACUUGGAGAGAUGUUGCUAAUAAGGUGAGUGAAUUGUUAUAUGCUAGAGGAUUAAUCGACACACCAGAAGUGAAUCAAGCCACUCCUGAAUACAUCAUCAAAAUUAAACAAGGUGACGAAUUUGCUCCUUAUUUCUGGGGUCAAAAUUCGAGAAGUAGAGCUAACAAUGGUUUCAAAAUUGGAUGGAAACCUAAGCAUGUUUCAUUAGACGAUUUCUAUGCCUCCUUCAACGACGAUAUUGAUGUUAUCUUGAAAGAAGGAAUGGCCGACAAAGAAUUACCUAGACCUUCCAAUAAAUAA